AUGUGGACCAGCCGGGAGCCCAAGCUGGCCGAGGACAGCAUGCCGAAACAUGACAUUGAGAAGAGCACAGCUCCCACUGAAGGGAUUCAGGAGUUCCCUGCUGGAAACCUUAGUGACUCGGAUCAGGCGUCGACGGAUUUCCAGGAUGGAAUCCAGCGAGUGAGAGCCAUCACGUCCACAUGGUCUAAGACGACGUUGUGCACAAUGUUUAUCUUGUUAUACUUGGUGUCGUUUGUCGACUACCUUCUGUCCUCCGUCCAGGGUGCCCUGAACCCAUACAUCACAUCCGCAUUCCACAAACAUGGCCUUCUCACUGCGGUCAGCGUCGUGGCCACCAUCGCGGGCGGAUCGUCGACGCUGACUCUGGCCAAGAUCAUCGACAUCUGGGGUCGUCUGCAGGGCUUUGCCUGCAUGCUGCUCCUGAUUGUCGUCGGCCUGAUCAUGAAGGCCACCUGCAAGAACAUGGAGACAUAUGUGGCAGCGCACACCCUGUACUGGGUCGGCCAUCUCAACUUGAACUACUGUGUCGACGUCAUGCUGGCGGACAUGACCACUCUCAGGAACCGUAUGCUCGUGCUUGGGAUCAUGGGCACGCCCAACAUUGCGAGCAUUUUCGCCGGCCCAAAGAUCGCCGAUCUCUUCUACACGAAUCUGAAUUUCCGCUGGGCAUUCGGCGCAUUCGCCAUCAUGCUCGUUGGAGUGUGUCUGCCCGUCAUGUUGAUCCUCCUCAUCCUGCAGAUCAAGGCGGAGAAGGCCGGGCAGCUGCAAAAGGAGCGAUCUGGCCGCACUGCUUUGCAAUCAAUCCGCUAUUACUUCCUGCAGUGCGACAUCAUCGGCAUUAUCCUGAUUACUGCGGCCUUCUCUCUGAUCUUGCUGCCUUUCAACAUCGCUGCGUACGCCCCGAAAGGAUGGGCCAGCGGCUACAUCAUUGCCAUGGAAGUCCUGGGGAUAGUCUUCCUCCCCGCCUUCUACGUCUGGGAACGCUUCUUCUCUCCCGUUCAGUUCCUCCCGUGGAAGUAUCUCAAGGAGCCCACUAUCAUCGGGUCCUGUCUCCUGUACGGCGUUAUGUUCGCCUCCUGCUUCACCUGGAACGGGUACUUUGGGUCCUACCUCCAGGUCGUCCAUCGACUGGAUAUCACCACGGCCAACUACGUUCUCAACUCCUUUUCCCUCACCUCAGCCAUCUUCAGUCCCCUCAUUGGCCUGUUAAUCCGUUACACCGGCGAAUUCAGAUGGACAGUCUGGGGGGGCAUCCCACUCCUCCUCCUCGGAACCGCCCUCCUAAUCCCCUUCCGCCAACCAGACACCCACGUCGGCAUCCUCGUGAUGACCCAGAUUCUCGUCGGCCUGGGCACCUGCGUCUUCGUCGUCUGCGGCCAACUCGCCAUCAUGGCCCCGGUGACCCACCAGGAAAUCGCCGCCGUGAUGGCCGUCUGGGGGCUGUUCGGCUCGGUCGGCGCCGCCGUCGGCAACGCCAUCGCCGGCGCAAUGUGGACCAACAUCCUCCCGGGCCAGCUGUACCAGCGGCUCCCGGAUGUCAGCAAGAACCAGACGGCGGCGAUCUACGCCGACAUGGUGCUGCAGAUGUCGUAUGCGGACGGGACGCCGGAGCGCGAUGCGAUUGUGGGCGCCUACGCGGACGUGCAGCGGAAGAUGGUCAUCGCGGGCGCUUGUAUGAUCCCGCUUUGUCUGGCCUGCGUGGUUAUGUGGCGGAAUAUCAAUGUGAAGAAGCUGGAUCGCGGUCAGACCAAGGGGAAUGUGUUCUAG